AUGGAUAAUUCCACAAUUCUGUUAUUAAUUAAUUCGUCUUUAAUUAUUCUAAACGAGACGCAGACGAACCACUCCGUCGUUAGUGUAAUAAACGUCCUGGAAGGUUCCCCAUCCAAAAUCUUAUUGAACGCGACGCACAACACCUCCGCGGUGAUCAGCAUAACGGACUUAACAGAGAAAUCCACCUCCCGCAUGGUCCUGAUCGUCUCCCGCUUCGGCGGCUGGACGCUUCUCAAUGUGACCUCCCUGGACCUCCUGGACACCCUCCCGGCCACCUGGGACGCCAUCCCCAUCCUGGCCAUUAUUGUCAUGAUCCUCACCCUCUCCUUGAAUAUUCUCCUUCUUAUUUUAUUGACGCGCCGGCGUCUCCGCACCUCCUUUACGGUAUACCUGGGGGUCCUCUGCAUCACCAACAUCAUCUUCUCCAUCCUCAACAACCCCUUCGACAUCCUGGUGGAGGUGUACGGGAAGUGGCCGUACACCUCCGGGGUGUGUGAUCUGUACUUAUACGGUAGCUUCAUCGUCUGCAGCAUCACCAUGCACUGCCACGCCCUCAUCACCGGCAACCGUUUAUGGGCCAUAAGCUUCCCGCUACACUACAAGAACCACCACUCGCGGGCGGUGGCCGCGGGUGCCUGCAUCGUCGUAGCGGUGUACGUGCACGCCUGCUUAAUCCCGUUCCUGGUGCUGGAUUCCCUGUACUACCGGUAUCCCGUGGGGGAGAUUGUCGUCGGAUGUACACCCAAUGUAGCCGCCCAGCAGAAAUACAGUAUCGUCGUGCAGACGCUUCUCUUCGACCUGCCGAUUGCGUUUAUCGUGGCGGCGUACCCGUUUUUAUGGUAUAAGCACAAGAAACUCCACCGCAUUAGUGAUCAUCAUUCCACGCCGAAGGACGAAUCCGAGACGUCACGACGCGGCGGGGAAGUCGUGACGCAUGUCACGGCUAAGAAGAACCGCCGGUCGUUUCUGGUGUUGACGCUGCUGACCGGGAGUAUUUUUCUGUGUUGGACCACGGCGCAGGUCUAUGAUACCGUGGAUUGUUUUUAUGAUGUACAGCGCAGUGAGGCCAGUGAGCAGCAGACGCUGAUUUUGAUUCGGGAGAUCGGGGAGCUGAUCUAUUCGGCGCAGGCCGCGUUGGAUCCGAUACUGUUUAUUGUGGCGUUGAAGGAUUUGCGGGAGGCACUGGUGAAGAUGCUCCGCGGGGAAAAACAUUAA